UCCGACGUUUGCAGUUAAGGGGCAAUUGUGCAUAUUGCCACCAACUCGCUAUCACCAUACUUUAUACCAGCGAACUGCAACCAUGACGGACGAAACCCAGGUCGCCGACGAGGUCCCUCAGUUCUCCUUCAAAAAAAGAUCAGCUAAAGCCAAGGCCAAUUUUCGCAAGAAGCCCGAGGCACCACCACCUGCUUCGGACUCCGAUUUCACGUCAUCUGAUGAUGAAGAGGGCCACAGAAUUAAACGGCGACGCAAGAGCGCAGCAGUGACAGCCUCGUCUACGACCAAUGCACCCCGGAGGGACGGAGAACAACCCGUUACAGCCACACCGAUUCCAUUGGCAUCCAGCAACGAUGCCACCAAGCAUUCCAAUUGGUACGAUGACGAGUUAGAUGCAAAGAAUCUCUUGGGGAAUACACGGGCCCAGCCAACGUCGAACGCCCCCUCUGCAUCGGAUGGCACGUACAAGGGCGCGGCCAAUUACCAAUCUUUCAUCCAAAAGAAUCCCGAUGCCCCAACAAAGCAGUUCGGACCGAUCAAAGCCCCUACCAAUAUUCGUACUGUAACAUUUAUGGAUUAUACGCCAAAUGUCUGCAAAGACUACAAACAGACGGGCUGGUGCGGUUUCGGGGACUCGUGUAUCUACGCUCAUAUUAGAGAAAACGUCUUGCAGGGCUGGGAAUUGGAUAAAGAAUGGGAUAAAAACACCCAAGGAAAGAAACAGGAUGGGAAAGUCGUCUCCCAACGUGGGAGUGACAAAUUAAAGGACGAUGACGAUGACGAUGAGGAGCUUCUCGAAAGCAUCCCAUUCGCCUGUAUCAUCUGCAAGAAGUCAUAUCAGAACCCGAUUGUCACCAAGUGCGGACAUUAUUUCUGCGAGUCUUGCGCUUUACAGCGAUAUCGGAAAAAUCCUUCAUGUGCCGCAUGUGGAGCUGGCACCGGUGGGGUGUUUAACACCGCGAAGAAGCUGAAUCAACUAUUGGACAAGAAGAGAGAGCGUGCAAAGAAGCGCCGGGAGCAAGCCAUAGCCGAUGGCGAAGAAGUCAGCAGUGAAGAAGAGGAAGAGGCCGAAAACGUUUAGGGCAAGAAAUCAAUGGACGGAAUAAGUAUGUGAUCUUAAUUUAUGGAGGCAAUGAAGUCAUGUCUAUUGCAGCAGGUCUGCAAUCUAUGUAUAUAUACUCUCACGGCUGCUCUAGGUUAUCAACAUUGAACAAGAGUCAGCUUAUGAACAAGGCUCUACGUUGGAACACCACCAACUACGUCGAGUACUCAACAUCGCGGGGGUUCGUCCUCUAACUAACCAUGCACUAAGGACCGAUAUCUGCACAAGUCAGACGAAACAAUACUAAGUCUUGAGUUAC